UCUCGACGUUCUGCGCGGCACAAAGGAGCUGGGCGGAAACAGCAGAGAAGCGGUGCGGAGGGAACUCAUGGAGUUGAAACGCGAAUCCUGGGCGGAGGGAUACGUUUCCAUGGCAACGCGGCGACCCAAUGCUCUAGACAGGCUUCAUGAAAGGCUGUAAGGUUUAACCACCGAUGUUGCUGCCGUCGCCGCCUUUCUGCUGGGGGACCUGACCUCGACUGCUACUCAUUGAUCUUUGGGGCUCGUCAGAGGUAAUCGGGAGCUUGGGCCAGGAUGAGAAUAUCUUGAUACUGAACCUCACAGCUCUAAGUCUGCCUCCAUUAUAACAGCAAGAUUUCAGGCCGUGGAAGAAGUGACCCCAGUUAGGAGAUCAGGAGCUACCCUCACUAAGGCCACAUCUCUCUACUUCAGAUACUUCACAUCUCUAAAGUAGGGAAACGAAUAUGUCGCUUACUCUGAAUAAAAGAGACGACAUGGAGCAUGAGUUUACAUCAUUUAGUAAGGGAGAAGAUAAGGAGGACAAGUUUGAAGAUGCCUAUGAAAUUAUCCCUGCAGCAGCAACAAUGGAUCUAGUAUCUUCCUUGGAAGAAUGCACAACGGGAUUGUAUUUAUUUCUAAACAACAGAUUCUCUGAUGCCAUACAUCUCCUUUAUCCAUGGUCAAAAAACAGCAUAUACCAUGCUCUAAUCUAUAGCAUCCUUAUGGUUGUCAAGGCCUUCUUAACUUUUGAUCCACAGGAUAUAGAGAUUGGGAUGACUGCCACAAAGGAUGCUUUGAGAGUCUGUAACAAUUUCCGAAGAAAAUCUAGGGUGUUAAGUUUUUCUCGUCUAGUUAGCAAGCAGGGAAUAAAGGCUAUUAAAGAAGAGGAAUUGCAUGCAGAAGUCUGCUAUGCUGAGUGUUUGAUGUUGAAAUCCACUGUAACAUUUAUACAGGAUGACAGUAUGUUUAGUUUUCUUAAAAGUGGGAUCAACAUUGGGUUAAGUUACCAAAUAUACAAAGACUGUCAACAAGUAUUAACACAGAUACCUGAUUACCAAAGCAAGACCUACAGACACCUGGUUGGAGGCAUAAAAUUUGGACUUGGAGUACUCAACUUGUUAUUAUCACUUGUGCCACCAAGGACACUUAAAAUACUCAAUGUUGUUGGAUAUUCUGGCGAUAGAGAGGUAGGCUUGACUUUGCUUCAUGAGAGUGCAUCUGAAUCCCAUAUAAAUAAUAUCUUUAGUGUUUUGGUUCUACUGUUUAAUUACAAUUAUCUCUCCAUAGCUUUUGGUGUUGAAAAGAACCAUAGUUCUGCUGUGGAGAAUCUCUUCCUAAUCUACCUUCAGAAAUUUCCAAACUGUGUCAUACUUAAAUUUUUCCAUGCACGUUUUAGUAUGCUGAAAGGAUAUUUUAAACAUGCCCAGUUAACAUUAGAGGAGUGCAUUUUUAUUCAGAACGAAUGGAAGCAGGUUCAACACCUCUGUUACUGGGAACUCAUGUGGUGCCACAUUUUUCUGCUGGAAUGGAAGCAGGCUUACCACUAUGCCCAUGUGCUGUUUCAAAACAGCAGGUGGUCCAAAUCAAUAUAUUCUUUUGCUAAAGCUUCCCUACUGGCUGUGCUUCCUCCUGAUUUUGCGAAAUCAGUAAGUGAGGACAUGAGCUCCCUCUUCCUAAGCGUGGAUAGCCUGAGAAUCAGAAUUUUGGGAACUUCUGUGCCGAUAGAAAAAUUUGUUGCUGAGAAGGGUCAGCGCUAUGCGACAACUGCAGGCUGGUUUACAGCACAACCCAUUCUGGAAUUCAUGUAUGCCUGGAGUGGCUUCCGAGUCAUAAGCAAAAAACUAGAGCUUAUUUCAACCUGGCUAUCAAUCAUUGACAAAGGGGAAGAACUUUUACAAGAAGCUCCAAACAAAGAGUAUGUCAUAGAUGACAUAAGUUUAUUAAAUUUACUGAAAGGUCUGUGUCUGAAAUACUUAGGAAAAUAUUCAAUGGCUGAGUACUACUUUAGUCAUGUCAUUCAAAUGGAGAAAUUGUUAAAAUAUGACCACUAUUUGGUGCCAUAUUCUUACUAUGAACUGGGAAUUCUAUACUAUCUAAAAGGAGAUUAUGCCAGUGCAACAAAAACCCUAGAAAACAUAAAAAAUUACAAAGACUAUUCCAUGGAAGCCAGAUUACAGUUUAGGGCUCACGUAGCCCUUGAACAAAUAGCUAAAGAAAAAGUGAUUUAAACACAAGUGUGGUUUUGUUAUUUUUAUGAGUGAAGUGUCUACUAUCAUCUUGAUAAUUAACAGGUAGAAAAAUAAUUUCUUUAUGGAAGAAAUCCAAGAAGAGGCAACUGCUAAGAGUCUGACUAGUAACAAGGAAGAAAGGAAUUGGCCAUUACUUUUUCCUCUUCCCUCCACCAUACCUAUAAAAUGGAAUGUUUUAGACUGGCAAAUGGAGUGAUGCAUAUUCUUGAAAAAGAGAAGGUCUCCGGACUCUCAGACUUCAAGGUGUGACAAAGCCACGGACUACAAAACAGAGAAUUCUGGGGGAAGGAAGUGACGACAUGGAGCAAAGCACGCUGGGCUCUGGCGGGUUCAGCUCUAGCAAUUCCUUCCUCUCAGCGUGGUUGCAGAGAAUCGAGCGCUGCUAGGAGUUU